ACCUUGGUGGAAAAAAAAUAAAUCUUUGCUUGCUUGCUGCUUCCUGUUUCAUCAGAGGGAAUCAAUCAUUCUGUAACAGUGACUGCUCCGCUGCCCUCUUCACCUUCACUUCCAGCCACGUUUCUCAGCCGUUCUUGUGUCUGCAGGCUGGACUUGCUGUGAAGGACUAAACAAGCUGUGCUGGUGACAAGGAGGUGGUUGUUGUGGGGAGAAAGCCAUCGUCUUCAAAUGAAGACGCUGCCUCUCAAAAUCUUCCAGUGCGGCUCGCCCUCUUGAUAAAUGAGUUGCUAGUCUUAAUUUCUUGGGAAAGCUCCUCGAGUCCGUGCGGUUCGUUCAUUGAUCCAGCGUGGUCACUAAGGUGCGGUAUUUCCAGCAUCUCCAGAAAAACUGCUGAGGUGUCAGAGCGAGGAGCUGUUCCAGGAUUGCUGUCAAGAUCCCGGUUUCUCCAAAUGUUCUUAGUUCCUCCGAGUUAGGAAAAUGGUCACCUUGUCCUCCACGGACUGCUACAUCGUGCAUGAGAUCUACAACGGGGAGAACGCUCAGGACCAGUUUGAGUAUGAGCUGGAGCAGGCCCUGGAAGCGCAGUACAAAUACAUAGUGAUAGAGCCCACUCGCAUUGGGGACGAGACGGCCCGCUGGAUCACUGUGGGGAACUGCCUGCACAAGACCGCCGUGCUAGCGGGCACCACCUGUCUCUUCACCCCGCUGGCACUUCCAGUAGAUUAUUCUCACUACAUCUCCUUGCCUGCUGGUGUGCUGAGCAUGGCUUGCUGCACCCUUUACGGUAUCUCUUGGCAAUUUGAUCCCUGUUGCAAGUACCAAGUAGAGUACGAUGCCUAUAAACUUUCCCGCCUGCCCCUGCAUACGCUCACCUCUUCCACUCCGGUGGUGCUGGUGAGGAAGGACGACCUGCACAGAAAGAGACUGCAUAACACGAUAGCACUCGCUGCCCUGGUGUACUGUGUAAAGAAGAUCUAUGAACUCUAUGCUGUAUGACUUCAGCAGGGAAGAGAGAAACCUACAAAGACAAGCGUAUUAAGACUCCCACAGUAACAUUUUGUUUUUCCUCUUUGAGAAGCAGUGGAGACUGGGAAGGAGGUGGUUUAAUAGAGCUGUUAUUUUUAAAAUAACACAUCACUGGUGCACCAAGGUUUUUCAGUUCUUCGUUACACUUAAGAAUUUGGAUGUGUGGUGAAAUGAGAGAUGUACGUUAGGCCAUGGGAGUCCAAUCCAGCAGUGGAGUGCUGAUGAAAGAAAGCUAUGGAAAGAGGGGGGUGUGAGAGCUUCUUUUUUUUUUUUUUUGAAACAUUUAAGUAUAUUGUUUAAUUGUAUUACACAGAACCAGCCGGAAGUUAUCAUUGACCAUUAAAGGAUGAGAAUUUCAAAUGA